AUGAUUUAUUAUGCGCAUCAAGUCAGCUCCUCCUGCGAAGAAGAAGAAGACGAAGAAGAAGAGGGGGAGGUGGAGGAGGUGGUGGUGGAGGAGGAGGAGGAGGGGGCGACGGAGCAGUCAGACUCAGCAGCAGCAGCAACGCUGGGAUGGGAAG